AUGUCCGCUCUCCGGCUCAGCCUUGCCAGACACCAUUUCACUCGACCAGGAUGCCGUCAUAGCCAUCUCGGGGUGUUUGUCUUACCGGCCCCGCGGAUACCGAAGCGCAGCUAUUCAAGUCCACGUGAAACGGAAGGACCGCUCGUGGGCGUCAAGAUUCUGGACUUGUCUCGCGUGUUGGCUGCACCAUAUUGUACACAGAUCCUCGCCGAUUAUGGAGCAGAGGUCAUCAAAAUCGAAGACCCGGAUCGUGGUGACGAUACCCGUUAUUGGACGAUAGCAGGCGAGGAACGCAUGUGGAAGUCCGGCAUUGGUCCUAUGUCCAAUUACUUCUCGGCUGUGAAUCGUAACAAGAAAAGUGUUGCUCUAAAUUUGAAAGAUCCUAAGGGCAAAGAGAUCUUCCGCCGCAUGGUCGAAGAAGCCGAUGUCGUCGUAGAAAAUCUUCGUCCAGGAGCGCUGGACAGGCUGAAACUUGGCUACGAAGAUCUCCGGAAAAUCAACAAACGUAUCAUCCUUGCCAGUACGAGCGGAUAUGGGCCCAGUGGUCCUUUCGAGAAACGCGCUGGAUAUGACAUGAUUGCUGGUGCGGAAGCAGGUCUUCUACAUCUCACGGGCGAGCGAGGUGGCGGACCGGUUCGGCCUGGCCUGGGUCUGACAGACAUGUCUACUGGCUUGUACAUGCACGGAGCUAUCAUGGCCGCGCUGUAUGCUCGAGAAAGGACAGGAGAAGGCCAGAAGAUCGAUGGGUCACUCUUUGAGACGCAAGUUGCCUUGCUAACCAAUGUGGCUCUCUCCUGGUUGAAUGUUGGCGUUGAGGCAGAACGCUGGGGAGCACAGCACCCAUCUGUCGUCCCAUACGACGCGUUCAAGACGAAAGACUUGUACUUCGUAUGCGGCGCUACUAACGACAAGCAAUUCGCCAAAUUGGUCAGCACACUAGGCAAGCCAGAGAUGGCGGAAGACAAACGCUUCUUGACCAAUGGCGAUCGAGUAACGAACAGAGACGAGCUAUAUCCCAUGCUCAACGACUUGUUUGCUCAGAAAUCGACAGAUGAAUGGGUAGCUGAAUUCGAGGGAUCCGGCAUGCCAUAUGCGCCCAUCAACACCAUGGAACGGGUAUUCGAUCAUCCGCAGACAGAUGCGCGAAAUAUGGUCACGGAGAUAGACCUGCCAGCAGCUGUGAAAGGCAAGAUCAAGAUCUUAGGCCCUGCCAUAAAAUUCAGCCAUACCCAAACAUCAAUACGGAGCGUCCCACCACUGCAUGGCGAACAUACAAAUGAGGUUCUGCGUGACCUGGGAAUAGAGAAUCUUGCCGAGCUAGAAGAGAGCGGCGUGAUCAAGAAUAGAGCACCAGCAUCAUAA